CUCGCCACAACAACCCAUUCCACGCAUUGUUCGCUCUUACUCCCACCCACACCCGUACCCAACCUCAACACCAUCCCACCAUGCACUACCCAUCUCUAUCUCUCCUCACUCUCCUCUUAACCCUCUCCCCCCUCCCCAUCAACGCCCAAGACGACGGCGACGGCGCCAACGGAUCCGGAACCCCCGGCGGCGCAAUCGGCGCCACGGUCUGCUUGGGAGCAACCCCCGAAGUCAACCAUCUCCCAUAUCCCGGUGAUUGCACCAAGUUUAUCGUCUGCGACCUGAGCGAUGGUGUCUCGACUAUCUAUACCUGUGACGAGGGGCUGUACUUUAGUGUGGAGGUUCAGACUUGUACCUGGCCGGAGGACUCGGGUUGCGUUCAGUUGUGAUGCUGCGGGUUUGGCGGAGUGCGUCCUAUUGAGUGAUGGAGUGUCUGGGGAUCGGUUAUGAUGGGUGAUUUUACGGCUGUGCCAUCGGAUUGGAUUAAUCAUUAUCUACCAUGAUUGUCCAAUAGAUAAUCAUGAAUUGGAAGCAUAACGAGGCUCUAAAAGUAAUACACUGAGCUUGUUUAACCACGGAUCCGUUUUAAAU